AUGAACGAGGAGAGUUUGCCUGAGAAAUUCGUGAAAUUGGCACUUCCCGUGGACUUUGAGUUUAUGCAAGACAAUGCACCGAUCCACAAGACGAAGAUUGUGCAAGAUUUCUUUGAUGAAAUCGCAUUUUACAUACUGACUCAUCCACCGCUGAGUCCCGACUUGAACCCCAUUGAACAUGUGUGGGAGUACAUGUACAAGUGCUACGCCAAACUCAACCUCGCACGUCUAUACGAAGUCGACGCCACGGGCCAGGACGCGAGCAACAAGGCCGAAAACUUCAACAAGGCCGACGGGGUCUGGUCGGCACCCGUCUCGAGCUCCCGUGAUGGCGUGAACACGACCACGUACACGUACUCGACGGUCGUCGCGGUCGGCAAGCCCAAAGACGCCAAGACCGCGCAGUUCAACAUGACGGCCGUCGUGUACGAUACGAACGGCACGGCUUGGAACGGGAACCAGACCGUCAAUGUGGCGGCGGGCGCCAUCAAGUUUAGCAUCUCGCUCGGCCCGUGGCCGUUCCUGGCCGACACGAACAAGCUCCGGUUCGGCGUCCGCGUCGAGACGAAGAGCAAGAACGAGACAACGCCCAAGAGCAAGGGCGAGAAGCACGAGGGAAAGCGCGACCCAAAGAACGGCAAGAUCGAUCGCAUGGACCUGGGCGACACCAUGUACCUGGACUCUCCCGCGCAGGCCGUCGUCGACGGCGCGAACGUUGAGAUCUGGUCCAACGUGGACGCGUCGCCGGACGGCGCGAUCGUCCAGUGGGAGUUCCCGCACUACACCAACACGCUGUACUACGACCCCGUCCUGGGGUCCACAGAUCCGACGGUGACCGAUACGGGGGCCACCACCCCAGUGCCUACGACGUCGAAACCCAACGAUGUUGCAUCAACGUCGUAUGCAGCCGUGUGGGCAAUGACAGUCUGUGCCGCCAUAGUUGCCACGGCGGGCUUGUAA